AUGGGGAUUACUUCUAAUUCGGAGAUUACUCUUGGCUUAGUGGUCACUGCCAAGCAGACUUACUAUCCCAUUGAGCUCUCUAAUGCUGAAUUGCUAGCACACUACGAAACGAUCCAGGAUUACCAUCAAGAGAUCUCUGAGAAUGUUCUGCAACAUUCAUGCAGGGUCAAACCAGAUCCCAAGUUGAUUGACCAACAGCCUGAGAUGAACGCGCUGCAUACUAGGGGUGCUAUUGUAAGCUUUGCCUUUGAAUUGGCGUUGAAGACCCGUGUUACGAACGGAAUUUUUUUCCACGCCGUUAGGUUGUACGACCGUUAUUGUUCGAAACGUGUUGUGUUGAGAGAUCAGGCAAAGCUGGUGAUUGCCACCUGCCUGUGGCUGGCGGCAAAGACCUGGGGUGGCUGCAACCACAUCAUUAACAAUAUCACAGUGCCCACCGGCGGUAGAUUCUAUGGCCCCAACCCUAGAGCACGCAUACCCAGAUUAUCCGAGCUGGUUCAUUACUGUGGUGGCUCGAACGUUUUUGACGAGUCCAUGUUCACUCAGAUGGAAAGACACAUUCUCGACACGCUAAGCUGGGAUGUUUAUGAACCCAUGAUCAACGAUUACGUUUUAAAUGUCGAUGAAAAUUGCUUAAUACAGUACGAACUCUAUAAGAGGCAAUUGGAGCACAAUAGAGAAUAUGUGAAUAAGCGCAACUCUCAGGACAGCAACGCUACAGAAGAGGACGUCACCGAGGAGGAUGAAGACUUGGAUAACAAAAUUCAAUUGAUCAACAUUAAAAAGUUUCUAAUAGAUCUCUCUGUCUGGCAGUAUGAUCUCCUUAAGUAUGAGAUUUUCGAGCUAGCGCACGGUGUUUUCUCUAUGAUUAACAAAUUCACAAACCAGGAUCUAGGCCCAUUAUUACUGUCGCCCGUCCCGUCUCCAAAUAACGAUUCCUUGAUCCUAAAUAUUUUCAUAAACGGCGUCAUCAAAUGCCCCAAUGCUCUACUCGAAUCGUACAGUGAUAAGUCCGGUGUUCUUCAAUUUGUUGACCAAGUAAAGGAGUAUCACGAAUCACUCAAGAAAAAGCUUCAGCUAGCUUCAGCGAUGGACUUAUCAAGAAGGAACAAACAUGCAAAGUUCUAUGAUGUUCCCCCUGUCCCAUCUCCUACAUAUUCCCAAAAUUCCAACUAUACACCGUUGAAGAACACAAGCAACUCUGAGAUUAGUGUAUUCAGUUCGGUAUCGAACCAACAAUCUCCGAUCACUCCCCAGAUGUAUUCCUUCAACGUGCAAAAGCCAGGGAGCGCAUGCGGGAGCGCGGUCAGCGUCAAUAGCAUUUCUCAGAAGAGAAAUAGAGAAAAUGAGGUAAGCUACAGUAUCAUAGGUAAGGAUAAUAAUAAAGAAAACUACGAUCCAAGUACCAGCUACACCAUCCUCCCAAGGGCUAAAUUUGCUGGCCACACCUAUAUAUUUGCCAGUGAAGAAGAGUCAAACACUAGCACGAGCAACAGGUCGUCAUUGAUUUCUUUGGCUAUAGGGAAUGCAACUUCAUUAUAA